AUUCAAUAAACAGAUUUCAGUCUCAUCGGAAUCACCGCUCGACGCAGUUCAAAAAUUAUAAGAUGAGUAAGUGGGUUCUCGCCGUACUGCUCCUGUGGAGCUAUUACAUUGCUGGAAUAUCUGGAGAAGAAGAGAUUAUUGGGGGCACUGCAGCCCAUCCCAAAAAGUUCCCUGCGGCAGCACGUCUGGGUUAUCGCGACAAAACACGGAAUCAAACCACAUGGUUCUGCGGUGGAACAUUGAUUAGCAAGCGAGUGAUUUUGACGGCUGCCCACUGCUUCUACUCGGAUAUUGGAUCGGUGAAUGUGGUGCGAUUGGGAGAACUUGUGUUCGGCAGCGACAAAGACGAUGCCCAGCCGGAGGAUUUCGAUGUAUAAACGAGGGAGCAUCCUGAUUUCAAAUAUCCCGUACUCUACAAUGACAUAGGACUCGUCCAUUUGAGUCGGGAUGUAGUAUUUAAUCAGUACAAGAUUCCCGCCUGCCUGCCCUACACCAGCGGACAGCAGCUUCGAUACUUCAUUGCCAUCGGCUGGGGCCUAACACACGCUGCCCGAGGUCAGCAGUCCAAGGAACUGAGAAGGGUGGACCUUCAAAACUAUGGAGUGGCAUGCGAGCGAACCACAGAACCAUUCGAGGAGCUGCCCAAUGGAUUCAGUGAACUGACCCAGUUGUGUGUAGGAUCUCCACAGCACAAGGACACCUGCAACGGCGACUCGGGAGGACCCCUGCUCAUUCGUCAUAUCGGUAAAGGAUGCGCCUACCAAGUCCUUGGUAUAACUUCAGUGGGCAUUGCCUGUGAUACUCCGGGCAUUCCGAGUUUGUACACAAAGGUUUUUCACUACCUCGAAUGGAUACGAACUAAUAUGAAUGUUAUUUAAAUUUUAAAUAAUUAUUAAACCAUUAGUGAAAUUAAUUAAUAAUUGUAUAGGGAAUAGAUCUUCAUAAAAAUUUAUGACUUGACAAUAAAACGCAACAAUUUUUCCAUUUA